CCAUACCUGUCGAACAGGUAUCGCCGCUUUAAGCCCUAUAGAAAAAAACACAAACCCCACCGUCUGUUCUUCUUCCACCCGCUACAGCCGUGUGUGAACAAGUCCGUGCGUAAUCUUCAAUUCGCUCUUGGGUAGACCUUUCUGAAGGAACACGUCGUUUACCGACAACAAGGCUGGAACGGGUGGAGGGAUAAGGAACGGCAGGACCUUCCUCGAUCGCUUAAUUACAAAAGGAUAUAGUUUAGAUUUGGCUUCCUGGUACACUGCAGCGUCUGUUUCUCUUGACUACAGCGACCCCUACUGGCCAGGCAGACAGGACAGACCCCGGGGGUACGGUCGAAGAUCGAGGCUUGGAGAUGGCCGCUAUCGUCACGGGCCUGGUGCCCAUCCUGAAAACAGCAGUAGAGGCUUCUACGGAUUACAAAGGCCGGACUCUUUGGUUCGGGUUUCUGAGUGUUCGGCUGGUCACUCUGUAUGUGGCUGAGAUGCCGUGGGGGAAGCUGGACACCGAUUUCCAGUGCAACACGACGGCAGAGGAGACCGAGUUCUGCCGCCGCUCCUGCUUCAACCAGCACUUCGACGUGCCCGUGGUGAUGCUGUGGAACUUCACCUACGUGCUGUUCAGCAUCUCUGUCCUGUUGAUGGAGCUGCUUGCCUCACAGCUGCGCCACUCCCUGAUGAAGCGGAGCAUGAAGCGGGACCCUGGCGGGCAAUCGGGUGGCGAGGACUCCCUCGUGGGGGUCAAAGGGCACAGCCUGGCCAAGAAAGACGUCAUGAUCGACUUCCACAAGCAGAAGACCACGCUGGUGGUGUACCUCCUCUGUGUGGGCAUGCGAAUUGGCAUUGAGGGGUCCUUUCUGUCCAUCCUGCUGCUCUGGCACUUGCCCAAAGUUGAUGGGUUGCCCAUACAUUGCAGCACAGCCCUCUGCCCCGGGCCAUUCCAAUGCUUUGUGCGGUUCGAUUCCGAAAAACGCAUGUCUAUCUACUCCUUGGCAACCAUUUCCACCACCAUCGUUUUCACAAGCAUAGUCUUCUUCCUCUACUCCAUGUGCCACUACUUGGUUAUCGACAGGAGCAAGCUGGAGAGUGUGGUUUGAACCGACGCUUCACGACCCCCUUGUCCUGUGGGGGGCGCUGUGUAUUCGAACUGAGCUCUCCUUUGCUGAACUAGACCCUUCGCUGAACUGCUUAAUUAGACCUUCAAUCUAAUUAAGCAGUGAUCAGUUCAAUGAAUGGGGUCUGGUUCAGAGAAAACCAGCUGACACAGAGCCCCCCGCAGGAUCUGGGAUGAAGACCACUGGUUUAAAAGAUACACAAACCCAUAAUGCAGGCAAUUAUCAAUAAAGGCAAUGUAUUGAAUAUAAUAUACAGCACUAGACCCUGAUAUUGAUGUGAUCCAGCCCUCUGAAACGUCUUUAUAAUAUACAGCACUAG